AUUUCACCAGCGAAGAAUGCGGCUGUCCGAGUGCAUGUGCGUGUUUGCCCUGUGUGGCUGGUGCGUUUACAUCUUGAGCUACUUCAUCACGAGCACCAACGUGGACAUCGUGCGCUCCUUGGAGAAGAAGUCCAAGUCCAAGGCGCUGGCGGCCCAACUGCAUGACCCGCCGAAACUGGGCUCGCACCAGCAUCCAACCUCGUUGGGGUUUGUCGUGAUGGGAGACUUUGGCACGGGUACGAAGCUGCAGGCUCAAGUAGCCGCAUCCCUUGGUGACUUUGUCGAGGUCACGCAGCCCCGCGCAUCGUUUGUGCUGUCGACCGGCGACCAAAUAUACGACCACGGACUCAUAUCUGCCGACGACCCAAUCCUCAUCUCCAAGUUUGAAAAGAUCUACAAGCAUCCAGCUUUGCAACUGCCUUGGUACAUCAGCAUUGGCAACCACGAUUGCGAAGGUAGCAUCGAUGCCAUGCUGGGGUACGCGAAACGCACCAAGACGCUAUGGCGCUUUCCGCAGCGCUACUACCACAUGGACCACCGGAUUGACAAUUCCACGAUCGUGCGGUUUGUCGUGCUGGACGCGUGCGACCUCGUGUGUGGCCAAGAAGCCCCUGAGUUUAAGGACUUUCGAUGCACACCCAACAUGGACGCGCAGACGUCCAUCGCAUCUCGACGCCGGCAGUACGAAUGGAUGGAGAACGUCCUCAGCAUGCCACCGCCCAAGGCACUCGGACGCGAUGACGACGACGUGUCACGCAUGUGGACCGUGGUCGUGGGUCACUGGGGCGUGUACAGCUUUGCCGGCAACGGCGACACCCCCGAGCUCAUCUCGAACCUCGUGCCAUUGCUAGAGAAGUACAAAGUGCACGCGUACUUCAACGGCCACGACCAUGCCAUGCAGCAUGUGCGCAAAGGCAACAUCCAGUACUUCACCAGCGGCGCCGGCGGGUACGUGCUCCACGACCUCAAGCCCCAGGCCCGCGCCCGCCCGGAACUGGUCCACGUGGACAUGACCAACGGCUUCAUGUGGGUGCAGGUCUCCCACGACACAUUCCGCGUCCAGUUUGUCGAUGGCGCGACCACUGAAAUUCUGUACACGACCGACGUGCCGUUUAGUCAUCCACAAUCGUUAUAAAGAUACAUGUCCAAGUGGAAGGGUCCAUAAAGGUGUUAGCGAUCGCUGCACUUGACAUGCGAGUACUGUAUUGUUGCACGGAGGACAAUCGAUUUGCAGUGGAUGUGCGAUG